AUGAUUACUAGAGAUGCGGAACCCAACACCACAUUAUCUUUAACUAACACAGCUACUCAGUCGAUGAAUCAGAAUGGUAAUGCCGAUAACACUCCGUCCGGAACUGAACAUGUUCCUGCGGCAAACAAUACUCAAAAUGGUGAAGGUGGAAGUGCGAUCAUUCGCCCGAUAGAUCAAGGUGACAACCUCAACACUGGAGCGGUCACUAGGACAGGGGCACAACUGGGACAUGCACCGGUCACAGAGCCAGUUGAACGACAUAUAUCGAACGACCAAAGCAGUCCUCCCCAUGGCGUAUCCAGAGCUGACCCUCAUGCAGAAGCACAGUCCCAUGGAAACAUAAGCACGCAAUCACACGGGAAUCCUCAGACUGAGCAAAGUGUCCCGGAUACUGAGCAAAAUAUGCCGACCCCACCCGUUGCUGGACAAGUCGGUACUUCCGAAGGUAACUCCGCAGAAGCACAGUCCAAUGGAAAUAUGAGCGCGCAAUCACACGGGAAUCCUCAGACUGAGCAGAAUGUUCCGGGUACUGAGCAAAGCACGUCGACUCCACCCGCUGCUGGACAAGUCGGUACUUCCCAAGGCAACUCUACAGCUGAAUCCAAUGUAGAUGUUCAGUCAAAUGCAGGCGCACAAGCAAAUGGAGAAACGGACCAUGAUAUGUCUAAUACAUCUGACCAACAAGGUGGUAUAUCUGAAAGCUCUACAGCUGAUGCUAAUGCUGAGACACAAGGCCAUGGAAGUGGUCCACCUGGCCAUGCAGAAGGAGAGCCUAUGGAAGGCGUCCAGUAUUCGAACCCUUCGUCUGACUCGUUCGAAGGCGCACUUUCAUCGGAUGGCGAAUCAUAUCUGGCAACAGUGCUGGGGAGCGGACCCUGGACACUGCAUCCUAACUAUACCCAUAAUUCCGAUAAUAUCUGGGAGCAUGCCCAUCUCGCGCUACUCAAGCUCUCAAAAGACCCCGUAAAUGAGAACCUCGCCAGCUUGGUGUCCGCAUGGGCAGAUGCAGCAACGAAAGUGUUACCUGAGGCAGUAGAACAAUGUCCUUUCGAUCUUAGGUUGCAUCGAGAAGUAUUCGCACGUGUUCAAGAACUCUGUCAAGCGAGUCAUGCUGAUGAUUCUAUACAAGAGCAGUUAAAGGCACAAGCAGAUAUACUGAGACAGCAUGCAUUGAGACUUAAUAUGAAGGAGAGCCUUGAUUGGACAUUCGCUAUAGAGGAACGGAGAGGCCUCGCCACUAAGACUCCAGACAGCGAAGGCUAUUCUCGUCUUGCCCCCUCGAAUACUCUUCCCUUUCUUGAGUCAAAUAGUCGCGUGUACUUUACCGAUCGACGAGGAAGAGACAGGGGCGAGUAUGCGGAUAUUAUAGCUUGGGGAAAGCAAGGAUAUGGACACCAAUUCGUGAUUAACUUCCGCCGCCAGGCGAGUAAUCACUAUAUGAUCAUAAAAGCCAGUUACUUUGGGACAGGUACCUUCAACAAAUUUCUCGAUUUCAACGCAGUCGCGGAGUCGAAGAUCGCAGAGCUGGAAGUCACUCCUCGGUCGAAACUGCGACGUGAUAAUUACAAAGAUCUUAUAAUCAAGGCCACCACGCGCUCCGACGGCUCUUGUGUGGGCAACGUACGGCGACAUGAAUCCAAGGCCUUCCUACAUCUUCCGAAUGUCAGAUUGUUGAAAGAACUAUCUAGAAAGGACAAUGACCUUGCUUUCAACACAGAUCUGGUGGCAAUGUAUGAGACGCGCUACGAAGUCAAAGCCGCUAUUGAUUCCUGGAGGAAGCAAGCCGGUCAGGAGGAUCGUGAAGGCUUCAGAUGGUAUUCUUUAUCACGGGAGAAUACUCCUGCCGAGUCUCGCGAGGCUCGAGAUUCUACAGCUGAGCCGGAAGAUACCUCAAGCAACGUGUCUACGGUUCGAGCGGAGAACAAUGCGGCCGAUGGCGUUAGUCCAACGCCAGCCCAAGCAAGAGAAAGUAAUGCCAGUCGAGCUUCUACAGUUCAGCCGGAAGGUACCCAAAGCAACGGGUCUACGCCUAGCGCCAGCCCAAACAAGAUCAAGGCCUCGUCAAGCUCCUUCUCAAGCAAGUGGAGGAAAUACUGUACUCGUCGAGCUCCUGCUCAAGCACGUGGAGGAAAUACUCGAGCUCCUGCUCAAGCAAGGGAAGGCAAUACACGUCGAGCUCCUGCCCAAGCAACAGGGGAAAGGAGUGCCAGUGGAGCUCCUGCAGCUCAGCUAGAAGGUCAACCGGCGAAUAACACAAUCGGGGCCGAGAGAACCGUUCUUGUCUCUGAGGUCCGAAUAAUACAGAUGCUGGAAAAUCUGGAAGGGUUCUCGCGAGAGACGGCCAGGCGACUAGCGGCUCUUGAGCAACGUAACACGGAUGGUGCUCGAGCACCUAUUACUAACCUAUGCAGAAUAGAAAGCGACGACAUGUGCCAAAUCUGCUAUUACAAUUUCAAUGAUUCCGAUCGCAAACUUGUCGAGAUAAUAUGGAAUGGACUAGACUUCCAUACCGGAGAAAUGCAACGGAUUGAGGUAUAG